AUUUGGCGGCUAACUUUGUUAUAUUAACUUGUUUUUGUGUCAACGUCGUCAUAUUAUUCUUUAGAACUAAUUAAUUUAAUCGUAUAUUAUAGUACAUUUCCUAGGAACGGAAUAUGUUAUAGUUUCUUAUUAUAAAUAAUACAACCGUAAAAUGGAAGCAAGUUUAACAUUAUCCAGCAUAAAUGGCUCCUCCAAAAAUAUAACGGAGAAUUCAACAUUGAAUGAACAGGAGAAACUCCAUCAAUUAGAACAUGCUCUUACAGUGAUGAAUUUAAUUGAAUCUCGGCUGACUUUCGUAAAAGCCAAACUUAAAGAAGGAGUUCAUCAGAGGAGAAACAGUGUGACUCAGACUUGCAUGGAUAUAACACACAUCAGCAAAAACAGCAAGACUAAACUUGAUGAGUUAUGGAGUGCUGUUGAAAAUUUACAAAUCAAGACGGCAGGUCUUAAAGCAAUUGUUUUUAACAUUAUUGGGCUCCAAUUGCUCUCCUCGCAGAACCAGGACAACCAGCAACUAUCUGUUUUUGGCAUCAGAGAACUAUCAGAGAAUAUACUGACUACUGCAUCUCGGUUAGCUGUAGUUUCAGAUGAACAGAAGAGAUUGUAUGAAUUACAAGAGAAUGAAUCGAUUGUGUACAUAGAGAGACAAGAUCAUUUCAUUGAACUCAUGGCAGAUGUAAACCAGAAAAUAGAGCAACUUGACAGCUUUGCUCAAUACAAUGAGCGUUAUAAGAAGACAAAAGAACGAAUUGCAAACAUAAAAAUAGCUAGAGCAAUAAUUAAUGGACUAUUGAGCAAUGGUGAUAUUAACUUUGAAGAAAACCCUGAUCUACUAGAAUUGAAAGAAAAAUGGAGACCACAACGAAGCAAAUGAUUUUCCAAUUAAAUGCAACAAAUCUUGUUAUAAAACUAUAAUUUUGUCUUUUUGUGCCAUUUUACUGCUUAAAAAUGCCAACCCCCUUUUGAAGCACUUUUACAAAGUGUUGUACUAAAUUUUUAUAAUAAUUUUGAUUUUUACAUUAAUUAAGUAAUAAUGUUGUAUCUACUUUUUAUUAACUUGCUACAUAAAUAAAAUAUCAGCUUACAAUUUUAAACGUUUAAACAAUUUUGAUUGUUUAAAGAAUUAUGUACCUAUACACUUUUUAAGCCUUUAAAAAAUUUAUAUUAACAAAAGUUUACAGCUUGAGCAUUUUUUAUCUGGAAUACAAACAAAUUUGAUUCUUAGUAAACCUGUCAAAUUUUAUAUAGCUUUACUAAUAUUAUAAUUAAUAAAGGUUUACUGAAGUGUUU